UAGUAACAAACUAAUUCAAGUUCCAGAUUUUUGUUUAUAUUAAUUUACCUUUACAAUUACGAUUGUUUUAAUCGUUGUAUUUUUUGAAUAAUUUAAUGAUUGACACUCGUAAUUGAGUCUAAUUUGGGUUCUCAUUCUGGUUCAUCAAUUUACUUUAUCAUCAAAUUAGAAAACAAUGAGUGGGACAUCAUAUUCUGAGGAGCACAUGAUUGGUAUCGAUGAUAAAGAUGAUCCAUAUGAUUUAAGCCUGACUUUGGAAGACACAGAAGAUGAUUUCAAUAUUGAAGAUAUUACUGAAGAUCAAGUGAAAGAGUUAUUAGCUGAUGAAGAAAAUAGAUUCUUAUUGGAUGAAGAUGAACCAACUGAAUCAACCAGUUCUCAGAUAAACAUUAUUGAUAGACGUGUCAAUAAUAAUGACAAAUCUAGUGUUAAGGGUAAAACUAAUGACUCAAAGUCGUACCGAAAUACUGGUAAUUUAAUUACGAUUGACUGUGAUGAUGAAGACGACGAAGAGGAAAGUGAACUUGAUGAUCGAAGGCAUUCAAAGUUUAAAAGUGAAAGAGUAAUUAGAAAUGUGGAUAAAAAAUUGGAGGAAAAAGAUAUUCCAGAAACAUUGGAAGCCGUUGUUUUGGAUUCAAAGGAUCCAUCUAAUGGUACCAAUAAACAACCAGUGAGAGGAAAUGUUGCUAAUAAUAAUAAUUAUCAUUCUCAAAGAGGAAAGGGUAGAAAUUUUAUGGUUCCAAAUGCUCGACCUUUCAUUGGAAAUAAUAGUAUAUCGUCCAUGGGACUUUUACCGACUCCUCUUCAAUCGUUUAAUAGAAUCCAUGUUAAUCCCAAUUUCAAGCAUCUUGCGGCACAAGGUCAACGUUUAGGUAAUCCAAUGGAGGCAAACAAUUUCCGACAUAUUCGGCCUCGUGGUGGUGGUGGAGGAGGAGGGUUACAUCCACCUAGACUUAUGGGGUUACCAAGACAAUUUGGUCCUCGUCAUGUUUCAACUUUUGAGGAUAUGCAUUCAUCGGGAUUUCAUGUUAAUCAAAUGAUGUCCAAUGAUCAGAUUGAAGCUCUCAUAGCUUCCCAAUCUUUAGAUUAUGAAGUAGAAGAUCAGCCUUCAAAUCAUCGAUUUAUACCAAAUAAUCACAAUAAUCCUCGACCUCCACUUUUUAACGAACCUUUUGUCGAUAACUGGUCACCUAACCAAAGUGGUAUUCCAAAUCAUGGACCUUGGAUGCAACAUCCUAAUCGAGCAUCAUCUUCGAUGGGAAAUUUUCAACGUAUUCCUGGUAUUUUUAAUUCCGAAUCUAAUCUCAGAGCUCCUUUAUUAGGCUCUUUUCAACGUGGAAUGCAAAUGAAUAACUCAUUAUUUGGUAAUCCACCGAGGCAUCCACAUAACAUGCACAAUCGUCUACCGCAUUUAACUUUCUUCAAUCAACCUAAUUUUCCAUUCAUCCGACAACCUAUGGAUAUUCCUAGAGGACGAGCGCCUCCUCGACUUGAAUCAACACCCCAUCCUGUCCCUCAUAAUGUUCAAAGGCAUCAAAUACAAAUGCCUCUCAGAUAUCCCAUGAACGCACCAAUUGGAGUUAGCCAGGGUCAAAAACGGCCCCAAUCUAAUACUCGAUUAUCAACUCAUCAAGAUAGUAAAAGACAGAACAACCUUAAUCCGGUUGCUUCCACUUCAACCCACAAACAAAACCUUGGACACUCUUCAAGAAACACCAACCAGUUUAAAGGACCAGAUUCGACUUCAUCACCACAAUCGAUUAAUAAAGUUACCUCUUCACCUGGUCAACGAGCUCCUCGACCUUCAACAUCCAAUGUUAACCUUAAAAACAUUCGUCCCAUUAAAACGGUUCCCUCAAAUACACCGUCAACUAUACCAUCAACAGCGACCAUGACGGAAGCAAGAAAAGCGGCCCUUCUCAAAAUGAAAGCAGCUCGUCGACUUUUACAAAAAGAAAAUAUGAAAGCACGAAAUGCAACAAGUUCAGUUAAACAAGUUGAGGUUGUCGAUUUAAUCACUUCUACAACACCAGAUCAACAAUCGGAAGACACAAAUGAGCAAAACAAAGAUGAACACCAACCAAUGGCUUUAGAUUUAGAUAUUGAUGAUGAAUAUAAAAAGAAACUCGAAGAACAGAAAAGACUUCGUGAAGAAAUAAUUCGAAAAAAGGAAGAAAGAAGGAAACAAAUGGUAGCCGAUAAAAUGAGGCAAACAUCAACCACAACGUCGACAACAAUUUCAUCAUCUACACCAACAUCAACACAAUCAACGAAUUCAACCCUAACAACCGGCCAACAACUUCGACGGACAACAUUAGCAACUACUUUAAUUGAACGAGCAUCUCCUUCUCGUGAUAUCCAAACAAUGAAUGAAAAAAGGUUGACACAAUCACCUUUAAAAAGGAAAACGGAAGAAUCAGUUACAACAAUCGAAACCAAAUCACAAUUACCUUCAGAUGUUAGAAAAGUGGAAAUCAAAGGAUUAGCUCAAACCACAACGAAAGCCACUCUAACGAAACUGUGCACCUCCGUGGGUCCAAUUGAAAAUUGUGUCAUCGAUGUUACAAAUGCAGAGAAAAAGGCAAUUGUCACCUUCAAAUCAUCUCAACAUGCACGGCAAUUUCAAUCACGAUACCAGAGACAUUUAGUAGAUCUUUGUGUCAUUCAGGUUUCUCUCUUAUGACAUUUAUCUCAUUUCAUCUUCUUUUUUGUCUGUCUUCCUCAUCUUUUAUCAUCAUCACCACCUUCAUCUCUCCAUCUCUCCAUCUCUCCAUCUCUCCAUCUCUCCAUCUCUCUCUCUCUCUUUCUAGUACAAAUUGGACAAUAUGAGAUAAUUGUUUAUUCAAUUUAGUGUUCAGUUCAAUUUUAUGUGAUCUGCUUGAUUGUUAUCAAUUGACUUGAAACAAUUUGCUUGAUUGUAUCAAUUUUAAAUUAGUUCAUCUAAUUUUGUGCCCUUAUAGAUUUUAAUCUCAUUGAUCUCAUUUAAAUCGUAAUUUUGAUUGUUAUAUUUGUUUUCUAAUUACAAUUAGAUUUACUAAUUACCAAUACUUGAAAUUAUAAUUACACUAAUUGUAAUCAUAAUAUCAAUUACUUGUUGCUUAGUAAUUUAAUUCAUGGCCAUUAGAUUUGCUCGAUUAUCAGGUUACUUUGUUAUUUAUUUAUAUUACAAUUAAGGUUGUUGAUCUUGAAAUUGUCGUUAUUACCCAUUAACUUAUUAUUUAUUAUGAUUAAUACUUAAUCAUCAAUAUUAUUUUUUCUUACUAUUACUAUAAUUAUCACUAUUUUGUUACUUUAUUUUAUCAUUAACCAAGAAAUCAAGUUAAUUAUUUUCCCAUUGACGUUAAAUCUAAUUUCUAACUCGUAAAAGUUGAUUCAAGCAAUCAAUAUUGCCUCAAUUUACCUGUUUAACUAUAAACAUUGUUUUCAUAUAUUCACACUUUGAAAACACAACAAUUAAAAAAUUUUCUCUCUAUUCUAAUCAAUAGAUUAAUUAAUUAACUUGAUCAGCAUAAAAUGAGGUGAAUUAACAGUUAGCUACUUGAACAACAAUAAUCUGUAAGAUCAACUCAUUGGUUAAUCGUCAAUAUUUGAUAGAUUAUGUUUAACUUUAUUAAUCCAUUUGCUUUUCUCACAAUAGUUUAAUUUAUAUUAAUAUUUAACUUUUGAUUGUUUCCUCCUCUUCCUCCAUCACCCUGAUCAAAUUACCGUAACUUUAAGUAAUUUAUUUUUUUUCAUCUGUUAGUUAAACUGAAUCAAUAUGAAUGAUAAUUGUGAAUCAACAAUUAAUUGCUGAUCAACAAAGUAAGCACAUUUACCAUUGAUGUUAAUCUCGAUCUCUGGCCAGACUAAGUAAACAUGUUGAGUAACAAUUAUCAAAAUCCUCAAUCAAAAGUAAAGUGAAAAUGUGUUAGUUUUCAUCUGUCUCUCUACCUCAUCAUCCUCAUCCUCAUCCUCAUCUUCAUCUUCAUCCUCAUCAUCUUUCAUCUUUCCAGACAAAACAAGGUAAAGACAAAGAUCAAUUCAAAAAUCUAACACUUGAAUGUUAUGUUAGCAUCAAUGAUGAACAAUCUCUUCAUCUCUCUCUCUCUCUCUCCCUAAUGGUAUUAAUGAUGAUGAAGAGGAGGAUUUAUGGAUGAGGAUGAGAAUCCAUCAUCCCUUUUACCUGUAAAUACAAAUUCUGAUAAGCAGAUAUAAUACCUUAACUAUGCCUGAAGAAAAAAACUUUUUUUUUUGACAGAAAAAAAGAAACAAAAACUUUUUUUCCAACCUUAAUUGUUGUUAAUCAUUUCUUUUGAUUACCAAUCAAUUCAAGUUUGCCUUUUCUUUACAAUUUAAUCAACGUCCUUGAGAAUUUAAUUGUAAAUCCUAGUGCGUAAACCUAUUUACCUUUAAAUAAUUAACAUGAAUCACUAAUCACUUUACAUUUAGACUCUCAUAUUAAUAUCAUCAUCAACAUCAUUUUGUACUUUGAAUAUUAUAUUUUUUAAUUUCUAUUAAUUAAUCACAAUCAAUUAAUCAUAAUUAAUUGAAUUUUUACCCACUGGUCAUCUAUUUGUCCUUCACAUUAUCAUUUAACUAAUCAUGUUAAUUAAGUUGAUUAACUUGAUUUAAAUAAUUUCCCUUAAUGUGUCUUUGUCCAGUUUAAACUUUUAAUUAACUUUGAUUUGAAACAAAAAACAAUUUUCUCACAAUUUAAAAUCAAUUUUAAUUCAUCUUCUCAAUCAACUUGAUUUUGUUGCCUUUAAAUAGAAACAAUUAAUUAAUUGUGUCUUGCUAUUUUUAUCAUCUUACUAUUAUCAUUACAACCAUAAUCAAUAUAAUUGUUAUUCUAGUAAUUAGUUAAUCACCAAGCAAUCAAAAGCUCAACAGUUUGUUUUCCUAUUAAUAGUAAACAAACAAACAAUAAGAUGAUAAAAAUAAUUAGCACAACUUUUAUAAUCAACAAUUAACUGAUUACUCAUAAUUUACCCCGUUCAUUACAAUUUUCAAUCAAUCAAUGAAUUUAUAUCUUUCUGUAAAUUGUAAACAAUUUGUAUUCUUGUUAAAUUGUAAAUGAAAAAAAAAAGAUAUUUAAAAUUACGGUAAAUUGUUAUCAUGUCACUUCCGCCUUGCCACCCACUCAUGCAUCAACCCCUGACCUCUCCCAGUGUCCAGUUAUUGUCCAGUUAUGAAAAGAAACAAAAUGAUAUUGUCAUUAAUCAUCAUAAUGAUUAACUGUUAAUUACAAUUAUCUAAACUCCUAUCAACUCAUUCCCUUGAUUUGUUUAUGUUAUUUCAAUUUAAAUCUCAAUUGAUUGAAUAUGUGAUAUCAAAUUUGCUUUUUAAUUACGAUUAACCUUUUCUACCUCUUCACCUCAACAAUCAAUCAAUUAACUGUUACUUUUCAA